AUGGAGAUAUAAUAUUCGAUAUUAAAAUAUUUUAAAGAUAUAGGUAAAAUAAUGAAUAAAUUUAUAUAUUAAUUUAUUAAUUAAAAAAGAAAUAUAGUAUUAUCAUGUGGAAAAGAUGGUUGCAUAUAUAUUUCAAAUAUUUAACUAAUGUAAAAGUUGGUUUAAUUUAAAGACUUUAUUUCUACUUCUCCUAUGUCAUAAUAUAAUUCUAUAUUUAUUGAUUUAGAGGAAACUCAUAUAUUAUCUUCAUGUGGCGAUGGUUCAUUAUAAGUUUGGCAAAUAACUAAUUAAAUCAAAACUAUGAUGAUGGAUUAAGAUUAAACGGUUUUAUUUAUUUAUUUAAAUUUUUUAUUAAAUUAUGUAAAGUAGAAAAAUAAAAUUAGUUGCAUAAAGAUAGAAAAAUCUUUGUAUAAUAUUUAGAUUUUAGCAUAAGAGGAUAUUGAACAUACAGUUUAAGUUAUUUAAUGUCUUUUUUAUGGAAAAUUUAUAUUGUAUUUAACUAGCUAAGGCUAUAUUAAUAUGGGAAUAUUUAUUAAAACUGCUAAUAAUAAACAUAAAAUGAGAAAGUUUGAUGUAGAUGUUUAAAGAAAAAAUUUAAACUUUUUUCCUAUACUUGACAUUGAUAUCGGUGAAAAAAUAUCUAAUUAUAAUCAAAUUUUAUAUAUUGAUUAAUAAAAAGGACUUUUGUUUAUCGGAAAAAGAAGCAAUUAUAUUUUUUGUUAUGAUAUAAAGGAAAUAUAAGAAUAUGAUUUAAGAUAUAAUUUUUAUAAAGAAAUAGAAAAAAUAAAAAUUACUUCUCAGGAAAACAUAAAGAAGAUUUUCCUUAGUAAUGAUUUGAAAAUUUUGUUUGCUUUAACCGAUAAUUUUAUUGAAAUUUACUGCUAAUAACAAUGA